AUGCCAGACAAUAAAUGCGAUAAACGCAGUUUCGAGCGCCACGCUUCAGUGGCCCAGCAGCGUCGGCUGUCGUUGCAGUUUGAGCGCAAUGCUUGGCUGGGACCGCCAUCUGAUAUCAUUUACGCGGGUGUCUCCAGCUAUUUCUCAAAUCAUCACACAUCACUGAUUGCAAUUGCACUUCGCGACACGACCUAUCUACUGGAUUUCAUCGAGAAGGACUUUACAGAUGGCCCGGCAUGUGCGCGAGAAGCAACUGACUUCAUCAUAUCCGAGUUGAAGCACUACUCCAAGGAAUAUCUAGAGAAGAUUGUCGGCUUGGCAAUGCCUAAACAUGUCGCCGACCACUGUCCAGUACUCUGCUCUCGUCUCUGGGCCGAACUCGAUAUCAUUCCAUUGGUUCUGUCGGAAUCGGCCUUGGCGGAGAGGGUAAGUGUCGGUCAGUUGAUCGAGGCUCGGGGUCCGUCUGCAGCAGGUGCGUGGGGUCAAAAAGCCGUUGAUGAGCAAGCCGAAUCUAUGGCACGCAAGUGUGUGAGGUUGUUUGGACCAGAAAAUAUUCCCUUGUUACAAGUUGGCUUCCUCGGUCUUGUGGAAGUAGACACAGCCUUUCAUGUGCGCUUAGCGGACUUAGACGAUUUCAAGAACACUGUUUCCAGUCGAAACUGGUCAGCAUUAGAACAUUACACCGCUGAUUUGAAAGAACGCGAGGUGAAAAUUGCAUUUUUCAGCGCAACGCCUCAGGGUGGAGGUGUGGCUUUGAUGCGGCAUGCGCUCGUGCGACUUUCUCAUUCUCUUGGCACUGAUAUCAAAUGGUACGUUCCGAAGCCACGACCCGGCGUCUUUCGGGUCACAAAAACAAAUCACAACAUCCUCCAAGGUGUUGCACAUCCGGACGAACGCCUGACAUCAGAGAACAAGGAACUGCUGCAAGGUUGGAUCGAAGAGAACGCAAAAAGAUACUGGGCCCGCCCUGGUGGGCCUCUUCUCGCUCCAUCUGACGGCGGUGCAGAUGUGAUCAUCGUCGACGAUCCACAGAUGCCCGGGCUGAUACCGAUUGCCAAAGAUCUAGCACCAAAUCGACCAGUCAUAUUUCGAAGUCAUAUCCAGAUUAGAAGUGACCUAGUCGCCCAGGCUGGAACUCCCCAGGCGGAAGCGUGGGGCUUUUUAUGGAAGCAGAUCAAACUCGCCGAUUGCUUUAUCAGUCACCCUGUGAGCGCCUUUGUGCCGCAGGAUGUACCACCAGAAUCUGUAGGAUAUAUGCCUGCGUCAACCGACUGGCUGGAUGGACUGAACAAGAACAUGCGGGACUGGGAUGUGGCACACUAUGGCCGUGUCUUUAAUGCAGCGUGCAGGAAUGCGGCGAUGGCGCCUAUCCAAUACCCAGAGGACUCAUACAUCGUGCAAAUCUCAAGAUUUGAUCCGUCCAAGGGAAUCUUCGAUGUGCUGGACUCCUACGAAAAGUUCUACCACCGACUGGUAUCGGAGCGGCCAGACCUGGUGCCCCCAAAGCUAUUGAUCUGCGGGCAUGGGUCGGUAGACGAUCCCGACGGGGCCCUCAUUUACGACGAAGUAAUCGACCACCUUGAGAACAAUGUUCCCGACAUCCGGCAUCUGAUAUGCGUGAUGCGCCUCAGGCCAUCCGAUCAGGUCUUAAAUGCCAUCUUGUCCAAGGCAUCCAUCGCCCUGCAGCUAUCAACACGCGAAGGGUUCGAGGUUAAAGUCUCUGAGGCAAUCCACAAGGGCAAACCUGUGAUUGCAACGCGUGCCGGUGGUAUUCCACUACAGAUCGAGAAUGGGAAGAACGGCUUCCUAGUUGAUGUCGGGGACACUGAUGCCGUGGCACAGCAUCUGUUUGAACUGUGGACGGAUGAUGAGAUGUAUGGCCGUAUGUCGGAAUAUGCUACCCACCAUGUUUGCGAUGAAGUCAGUACCGUGGGCAAUGCCCUGAACUGGCUCUACCUUGCAUCGAAGCUAUCCCGUGGCGAACCUGUCCGGCCUAAUGGACGUUGGAUCAAUGAUCUCGCAUUCGAGGAAAUCGGUCUUCCUGUAGGAGAUGGGCCACAGCUUACACGCGCAGUCGAAGUCGACAAGAUGGGCUAG